AUGACAGAAUACGAAGUAGCACAAAUGGCAUCGACCAACGGCACUCACGAUACAUCAGAUGUAGAAAUGAAAGAUAAUGAUCAAGAUGGUGAUGAUAAUCAACAAAAUAGCAUCGUUGAGAAUGCUGAAAAUAACAAUAACAGCGGCAGUGAUGAUGAUGAUGAAGGAGGAGCCAAUUAUAAUUCGAUGGAUUACUAUAUCAUUGACGAUGAUGGUAGUUAUGACACCAAGGCACCGUCGACACCAAAGAAUAAGGAAGGCGGCGGAUUCUUCUCGUCGAUCCUGACCAGCCUCAAAAAGAUGGUUGGCAUGACCCCCAAGCGCGAGGGUGACAAUGACAUUGAAGAACAAGACGUCGACCAAGAAGUGGAGGAACAACAACAAGAAGAAGACGACUAUAUUGGCCAAAACGGAUUCAAUAAUGCACUUGCUGCAGCUCAACAAGAAGAACAAGAAAAUAAUAAUAAUAAUAAUAAUCAACAAGUAUUAUUAAAUGGACAUAAUAAGAAUAAGAACCAAGAAGAAGAGGAACAAGAUGAAGAGAUGGAAGAAGAGGAGGGGAAACACUCUUCACAACCAGUCAAGAGAAGACCAUCAUAUUCACCAAGAAAGCAAGAAUUCAAAAAGUUGGGAGAAGUCAAAGAAGGAAAAUCAUUGUAUCCAUGUAGACACGAACAAUGCUACCACCGAUUUGGAGUGCCUGGUAGAGUACUGUCCGAUAACAUUGCCGUGCUCGUCAGACAUGAGACGACUAGUGCUCACCCCAACUGCGACGAAACCAAGUGUUCAUUGGUCCACGCCCCAUGCAACAAAGAGACCCGUAUCCCAUGUCCACACCAGCAAUGCUCCGGUCUCAUGUCGCGUGGCAAGCGUACCGAGCAUCUCAAGAUGAUCGAUGCCAAGCACCACCCACUCUGUCUCGAGUCCCCCGAAAAUUGCAACUUUUGCUCCGACGGCCUAUCUGGCAGACGACUAUACACUAAAAAGGAAGUUGAUCAAACCGAUGAUCAAGUACAAGUACGAGUUCCAAAGAAACAAGUUGUUGUCCCAAGAAAGAGUAAAACUGCCGCCGCUGCUGCCACCAAAUCAACCGAUCAAGACCAAAACAAUGAGAAAGCACUAGUUACUACUACUACCACUACUACUAGUACAGAGACUCCCGCUGCUGUUGCCGCCGCACCCGAAAAGAAAAAGAGAGCUACUGCCACAGCCGCCGUCAAAAAGGUUGCAUCUGUUAAAAAGGUUACAGCUACUAAAAAACAAGAAAAAGAAGAGGAACAAGAAGAGGAACCAAAGAUAACAAAAAAGGUACCAAAGGUUGCUGCAGCUAAAAAGGUAGCAGCUGUUAAAAAGGUUUCUGCCAAGAAGGCUAAAAAAGAAGAAGAAGGAGAAGAAAAGGAACAAGAUGAGCCAAUGGCAAUUGAUCAAAAAGAAGAAGAUGAAAAAUUAAAGACACCAACUCCAACUCCAACAACUCAACCAAUCAUUGUAAAGAAACCUGUUAAAAAGGUUGCUGCCAAGAAACAAUCAACUAAAGAUACAACAACCUCCACCCCAUCCACUACUACUACUUCUACAACUACACCGGCUUCCACUACUUUAGUCAGUAAUGGCACUGUCACAACCAAUAAUGAAGUAGCAAAAAUAACCACAUUGGACAAGGAAGAUAGUCCACCAGUUUCAAAGACCACCACCAAGAAAUCAUCAUCUUCUAAAACUAUAACCUCAACAUCUCGCAGCAAGACUACUACCACUAAAAAGACAGAUACAUCUGCCAAUGGAACAGAUGAACCAAUCAAAAAGGUUAAAAAGACUGUAUCUAAAGCUGCCGCUGCUAUCAAGGCUCCAAAGAGCAGCGCUGUUACCAAAAAGAAAGCAGAAGAAAAGACACGUGUACCAUCAUCAUCGACCACCACCAAAAAAAUAAGCUCAAAGAAAACUCUAAAGGUUGUUGCAAGCGAAGAAUAA